AAUUUUUACAACGUUUUGUGGACACCAGCCUGUCUGCCUGUCAUUCUGGUGAGCUAAUUUAAUAUUUUCAGACCAAGGUGAAUGACUCUAACUUUUGCUGCAGUUCAGCUAGACUCUAACUUUUGCUGCAGUUCAGCUAGACAAUGGCCAGUAAUACAGUUGUUUCUUCUGAUGAUGAUAAUGAAGACAAUACCAUGGAUGGUAUUGAUCAGCAAACUUCAAGCCUUGCAGGAACACUAGAACCUUUUUUAGUUGCUGCCAUUGAUUUUGGAACAACAUACUCCGGGAUCGCACAUUCAUUUAAGCAUGAUUUCAAAAGGGAUCCAUUGAAAAUUCACUGUCACCAAAAGCUUGCAAAGAGUGGAAAGGCCUUUCCUUCGUUGAAAAUGCCAACAACACUGCUGUUGGAUCCUGAUGAAGGAUUUGUAGCAUUUGGGUAUGAGGCAGAGGAAACAUAUUCAGAACUGGUGGAUAGCAAUGCCCAUUUUGGAUGGCACUACUUCAAGCACUUCAAGAUGAACCUUCACAAACCAAAGGUGAAGCUUUCGCGCGACACAAUGCUGAAAGAUGACCAGGAUCAGGAAGUCCUUGCCCUGACAGUAUUUUCGGAAUCAAUUAAAUAUUUCAAGGAAAUGCUUCAUCAGUCGUUCAAGAAUGCGGCUAUUAAGCCGACAGAUGACACGAUCACCUGGGUGCUAACUGUGCCUGCUAUCUGGGACAACAACGCUAAACAGUUCAUGAGGGAGGCUGCUGUCAAGGCUGGCAUAAAGGAUGAGCAUCUUUUGUUUGCUUUGGAGCCAGAGGCAGCAUCUAUUUACUGUAAGGAAAUCCAAGUCCAACGCAAAACAGCAGAUGAUGGAGAUGUCUUCCUCACCACUUACGACCCUGGCACAAAGUAUAUGGUGGCCGACCUUGGAGGUGGUACAGCAGAUUUCACUGUGAGAGAAGUCAUGCAAGACGGAUCCCUUCAGGAGGUGGUUUGUGCCUCUGGAGAGGCCUGGGGUGGGAUGAACGUCAACAAGGAAUUUUGGAAGUUCAUUGAGCAACUUAUAGGCGAGGACAAGUUGAAGAAGGUCUUUAGUGAGUGCAAAGCAGAAGAGUUAGAUUUUGAAAGAUCCAUUGAGCAACAAAAACGUGACCUGAAGGCUGACGGAGAUGGAAGUGAAAUCGGAAUUCGGCUAGCACUGGGAGCUUUGAAUGAACAUGUUGAAGAAGAAUCUGCCAAGAAAUUACAAAACACCAUAAGAAAAGGUAAACUGAAUGUAAAAAAUGGCAAGGUCAAAAUACCAUUGUCAAAAAUUCAGGAUUUUUUUGAGCCAUCUGUGAAAAAUAUUAAAGAACAUUUCGAGAAGUUAUUUAGGAAGAAAGAAACCUUGGGAGUCCACAAUGUGAUAUUGGUUGGGGGAUUCUCGGAGAGCAAAAUAAUACAGGAAUCGGUGAAGACCAUACUUGCUGGGAAGAAGGUGACCAUUCCCCAGGACGCUGGACUCGCGGUUCUGAAGGGCGCAGUCCUGUAUGGACAUAACCCAGCCAUUGUAUCUGCACGUAUCAGUCGGUACACAUACGGCACAGAGGUACGCAGAUACUUCUUGAAAGACUUUGAUGACCCCAAAAUGCGAGACAAAAAGCAUCCAGAAUACUGUAGGGAAGUCUUCAACAAGCUGAUCGAGAAAGAUGAGCUCGUACAUGUAGGCAGAUCUGUAGAAACUGAAGUAUACCCACUUACCGCUGACAUGACCGGAAUGACUAUUGGUAUGUAUCUUUCUGAAAAGAAAAAUCCCAAAUAUACUACUGGCUGUACUUACUUGGGUAAAAUGAAUGUCGCGAUGCCAGACACAACCGGUGGCUUGGACAGGAAGGUGAUAGUCAGUCUACACUUCGGUAAGACCGAGUUGGUCUUUGAGGGACGGGAUGAGACCUCCAAAAAAACUGUUACAGUCAAGCUGGACACCUUGGAAAAUGAUGCAAAACGCAAGUGAAAGGAUUAUUCAUAGAUUAAAGUAUAGGCAUGAGGGAUAUAGCAAGUUCUGGUUACCAUUCCCACUUUGAUUACCAAAGUCCAGGUCUGGUUUCUGUGGUAAAGCCAAGGAAAAUAGGCCUGAGCAAGGGGAACCAGAAAUUUGCUUUAUCCCUCAUAGUCAUACCCAUAUUUCAACUGUUUUAUCAUACCAGAACAAAAUUUAACACAAAUAGUUUCUAAAUCUAAAAAGGGGUAUUCCAGAAUUCAAAUUCCAAAAGAAUUUUAGUGAUGUAUGUGCCUGAGUCUCAUGAUUGACAACAAGGAGAGGUCAGGUUAAUACAAGCUUCGCCCACUCAUCACCUGAUUCACUAAGUCAAUACAAGCUCUGUCCACUCAUCACCUG